AUGGAGGUAGUCACAGAGAAGCCGAAACCGCUCGUCGCGGAUCCAUCUCUCGUACCACUCCUGGCCUCAGUUCUUCUCAUAGUCCUGCCUUCCGCCUUUUUCCUUCUUCGCUAUCUGGGCCGCAAUGUCGGUGAACGAUCCCUCGGUGUAGCACCGGCGCUGCCGCCAGCCGACGAAAUCAUCAGCCUGCGCAUCUACCCGAUCAAGUCCUGCCGCGGGAUCCAAGUCAAAUCGGCCAAACUGCUGCGUACGGGACUCGACCUGGACCGCAACUGGAUGUUCGUCUCGCUGCCGAAGCGCGACUUCAUCACCAUCCGCAACAACUCCAAGCUCACGCUCAUCGACACGGCCGUCGACUGGGCCGCCGACGAGCUCAGCGUUUCCAUCAAGGGCGACCCAUCCAGCAAGAUCACCAUCCCGGCCCACCCGUCGCGCGACUGGCUCGAGGCCAACACCACGCUCCGCGGCGGCAACGUCAUCUGGAGCCAGGAGACGGACGGCUGGGAGUACCCGGAAUCGCUGACAAGGCCUUUCGCCGCCUUCCUGGAGACAGACCUGCGGCUGAUCUACAAGGGGCCCACGCCGCGCGUGCUGCGCGGCGGCGGCGACCCCACGGUGCUGGGCCGCACGCAGGCGACCAUGUUCGCCGACAUGAUGCCUGUGCAGGUCAGCUCGCUGGCCAGCAUCACCGAGCUGAAUUCGCGGCUGCGCGCGCGUGACGAGGCCGAGAUCGACAUCGAGCGCUUCCGGCCCAACGUCGUCGUGCGCGGCCACGAGCCGUGGAACGAGGACGUGUGGAAGGCGCUGCGCAUCGACGACAGGCUUGAGUUGGAUGUCGUCUGCCGCUGCCUGCGAUGCCAGGUGCCCAAUGUCAAUCCGGAUACGGCGGAGAAGCAUCCCAGGCAGCCGUGGAAUGAGCUCAUGAAGUACAGGCGCAUUGAUGAGGGGUUGAAGUUUAAGCCUAGCUUUGGCAUGCUGUGCGCGCCGAGGGAUGAGGGGUUGUUGGAGGUUGGGAUGAAGUUUGAGGUCACGAAGACGACGAAUGAUCAUUACUUUGUCAGUCCGAUGAAGUAG